CAUUUCCUAUUGCACAAUUUGACGGUGAACCUCUUGUAUAUAAACUGAUAAGCGAUUGCUAUAGACCUAUAUCUACAGUGAGGUUAUCGCAUGCGUAAUAUCAUUUGCUCGGAAAGUAGGAGUCAAGUAUCACAUCAAAGUACUAUCGAAUUACAUUGUCCUGAAAGACAUGAAAUAUUUCUCCCCAUUUCUCCUGACAAUUUUUCCGAGCAUUGCACUUUUCAAGGAAAUUAUUUGUGCCGGUAAGUUAAAUAUGUAGCCUUAGUUUUUGCGUGUAAUUGCAGAUUUGGCAGUAUUACGAGGGAGACUUCUCGGUGAUUGGUGCCUCUGCAAUGACAAGAGUUACUGAUUAUAACCUUACGCACACGAUGCCAUUUCAAAAGUAAUUAAGCAGCUAUCGCUUUACUAAAAGUCUACUAUGUCCUAUUGUUUGUUAUUUGAGUGGUACAUUUCGAAGUCGAUAAUCCUGCUUUCAGUCUGAAGCACCUGACUCUCAAUUAAUACUGAGCAUUUAAGACGGAGCAGGAGAAAAGAAAGCUAAGACUGAUACUUUCAAACGUUUCAGUUUCAAACAUCAUGGUGCUAGAGUUUUAGAAUCGCUUUAAUAAACUACCAAAGUUGAAAGCUGGAUUGUUGGCACAUUUCAAUGAUAAAGAAAAUUCGACUAAAAAGAAUUGGAUUUAUUUUUAUUUUGUUUUGUUUGUGUUUUCUCUUCAGAUUAUGAAGUACAAGUAACAACGGGAAACUCGUUAGGUGCCGGGACAGAUGCAAAAGUGUACAUAAAGAUAUUCGGAACGAAGGAAUCAACCGCUGAGCAUGAGUUGGAUGCCACCCAUGAAGAUCCUUUUGAGAGGGGAAAGUCAGUAUUUGAGUUAUUUUAAUGAUCUAGCACUUUACGGUUAGAAGGUUUUUUUUCCAUAACAAAAGCAUGUUAACAAAAAUAAUUUUGGUUCCUUGAUGGAAGUUUUCUCUUUAAAUAUAUCAAAACGGCACAUGAGUUUCAACGCUUUUCUAAUAUUAAAAAGGUAGCCUUGAGAUAACAAGGAAAUUUUCAUCAUUUCAAGUACUCAUAUACAUAUUUCACUGAACUCAAAGCAAUGAUAAUUUACCUGGAUAUUUCGUUCAAAUUAUUUGGACUUCAUUGGCCAUUGAUGGUCACAUGAUCAUGAGUGAUCACGUGACCACUGAAGGGCCUUGGUCCUUAAAGCGAAGGAUUUGAUUUAUCUGAUCUCCAGCCAAGAUAACCCUUAAAUUGUUAGGGAUAAUAGAAUAUUCUGUUCAGAAAAACUACCUCUCCGCUUUUUAACUAUCCACAUCUUUGUUUUUUAUAAAAACAGUUUAGAACCAGGAAAGACGAAAACUAAUAUUUUAGUUUUUAAAAACGACUCUUGUUAUUGUUUAUCUUAUCAUAACUAGACAAGACACCUUCUACUUAAGAAAUACAGCCGACGUUGGAACAAUUACAGCCAUUGCCAUUAAAAGAGACGAGUCCGGAUGGUUUCCUAAAUGGCAGCUUGCACGCGUAAGUCGUGAACUUUAUACGUCGAAGUUUCGGUGACACUUUUGAAAAUAAGCUAAAAUAGCCAUUUUAUUUGUAUGCGCGAGGUACGAGAGGAAACAAGACAAUCAGUGUUUAAAGCCUUAGCUUGAUGUGGCACAUGAGUAGCUUGCGAGCAGGCUCCGAGCCUGAUCGGCCGGCAAAAUCAGUUUUGCGGGCCAUUCUAAUUCUCCUGUGGUCUACAUGUGUUGGUGGUAUUAACAUUUUUAAAAAUCUUAUUGUAACCGUUACCAGGGCUAUCCCUCAAACAAUAUAGUUUGUUUGCUUGUUUGUUUGAUCCUUUAUUCUGCAGGUUUUGGUAAAGGCAACUAACUCUCGCAAAUGGUCACUUUUUGAGUACAAUGGCUGGACUAAACCAAAUGUUUGGUUUACAAUAAAAGGUACAGCUCCGUAUAAAAAAUCGGAAUGAAAUACAUAAAAUGAGCUAUAAGCAAAGUUUCUCAUUUUCGUUGAAGGCCAAGUUAAACAUCUAUAAAAUUAUCAGUGCUACAAACGAAGUCCUUAGUAGUUGUGUUAUUUAAUUUCAAGGAGAAUAUGAUCGGAGAGCUAGUUAUAUAUGUUAGGCCAACUCUUAUGGUUUUUAUUUUGUUUGUGAAAUUUUAUUUUGAUGGCGAGGCAAUUUUUUCAGCCAAUUAACAAGAGUAGCAAUGUCAACAAGAGAAUCAUUGCAAAUUACUUUCAUAGUAUAUCAUAACUAUCAAUUGGUAACAGAACUUUAAUCAACGAGUAUGAUUACAGGCUGACUUUGACUCCACUCAUUCCUAAUCAAUAAAAUGUUAUUUUCUGAGAUUAUCGUAAGAAGGAGGGAAGCGAAUGCUUUUGAGGUUUUCAAAGAUACUGCCCAUCUCUGAUUCCUUUUAGAAUUAGAGUUGAUUAAGUGAAAAACAUCUUACGAGGAAGACGUUUCUCAGUUUUCAGUAAGUGAUACCGAUGACUCGGUAUCCGAGUGCCUGUGCCACCCAAUGAAUGAAAAACCUCAUUCUUGUAUUGUUUACGAGCAUAAAAUUCAUGAUCACAUUUAUAGUCUGUCAUUGGAAAACUCCUGUUCACCUCUUAUCCUCAAUUUAGUGUUGGUGUCACUUUUAUCCGUUUGGUAACGCCUUCCCAAUAAAGAACAGACAAGUUAUAGGUCGACUAAUCUAAGGUUCUCUUCCAGUUACCUGUGAACCUGGCUUUCGAAAAAAUCAAGCAAGUGGAAUUUGCGAGGGUCGUAAGUAACCUUUUAGUUUUUAGUAUUAGAAUUAAACAAGCUUUAUCAUUCUCUCUUGGCUUUAUUUAUGAAGUCGCGACAUAUUUUUCAAGUCGAAUGUACAGAGUUUAUCCUGGUUUAAGGCCUGGGUCAAAGGCGUGUUCUGAGCAUAUGAAUGAAUGGCAAUAUAAAUGAAUUUUUCCCCAAAAGUAAAUCUUGAGGUGUUUUUGUGCCAUAACGUUUAAUUAUGGUCAUGUGACAUGUAACGUGACCAAAAAUUGAAAAUGAAGGAAAUUGGCGAAUUGGUGGCGAAUUUGCUUUGUUUAGAUAAACAAAGGAUAAACAUACCUAGCUUUCUACGUUUGGAAUGAACGUACGUGAAGUUUCAAAAUUGAACUUUUAAAUCAUUCAAAAUUAAAUUUGGGCAUUUAAAAUUCCUUUUUCCAUCAUAAUUUUUUAUUAAAGCGCAAAGGACGGGCAUUCCAAAUGUGAAGUGUUUGAAAUAUUUAGUAUGAAGUACAAAAAUGUUAUUGCUCGAUUUCUUUCUUAAACCGGCGACCAAUUGGUCAAUAAUUUACGAUUUUUAGCAAAGUGGUCACGUCACAUAUCACGCGACUUAUUAACACAGCAUUUAUACUUUAAAAUUUUAAGCACAAUGAGUUUUUUAUGUGUGCCAAAUUUUGAUUCAGCGCCAUCAUCUAUGCCGAAGUUACAGGCAAUAAUUCAUUUUCCACAGGUAAACCCCUUAGUCCCAGGCCUUAAACUACUUGAGAAGUUCAUACCCUACUAACGGGAACACCAUUCUCUCAUUGCAGCAGUCUGUGGUUCGAGACCAAGCACGCGAUUAUCAGCUGGUUCCGUAGCUCCACAAGGCGCCUGGCCAUGGCAGGCGAUGCUGAGAUUCACACUUCAUGAUCGUCCAAUGUUUUGUGGAGGGUCUCUUAUAUUGCCUCAGUGGGUGUUAACAACCGCUUAUUGUGUUUAUGGCAAGAAGGCAUCAAAUGUCUUUGUAAGGUACAAACCAAACCCAAAUCUUUAUAUUUUUACUGUUGAAGCCCAUUUUUUUUUUCAAUUCGGUGUGGAAAGCAGAUUAUGCUAGUUUUCGCUUACUGUGCUUUGUUAUUAAAAAUUAGCCCUCUCUCCCCAUCAAAUGUAUAAUACGUUACAAUUUCUACCAUUCCUGAUUUGAUAUUCCCAACACAGACUGUCGGUUCCACUCUUGCACUAAUUUUCUAUGACGAGUUUAUUUAUCCACUUUCAAUUGGCCCUUCUCCCUCAUUUUUCUUUGAAAACUUAACUGAAAGAAAAUAUUAAACUUGAUAUUAUGUAUUAAGUUUAAAAAAAUUCCAUGUCAUCAUCCUUUCUUUGUCAUUAAUAGACAUUUUCGUUCAUUAACAGACUUGGGGCACACUACAGAGAGAAAAGUAUUGGCACAGAGCAAGACAUCAGAGUGGAAAAGAUAUUCAUUCAUCCCAAGUAUCAUGUGCCAAACCUUUUUUCUAAUGACCUAGCAUUGUUAAAGCUAUCGCAACCCGCCAGUUUAUCAAAUGGGGCAAGUUUAGUUUGCCUGCCAAAUAAGGAAGCGCCUUUGCCCACGAACCAAUCAUGUUGGAUCACCGGAUGGGGCUACUUAGAUAUUGUUUCAGGCGCCCUUCCUAAAAAGCUAAAACAGGCACAGAUUCCGCUGGUCUCAAGAUCCACAUGCUCCGCUGAUCACCCUACGAGAAUUAUUGACGAGUCCAUGCUAUGCGCAGGGUCAAAUAUCACUAGAGUCAGCGGAUGCCAGGACGAUACUGGCGGGCCUUUGGUGAGAGAAUUCCGAGGAAAAUGGUACCUUGAAGGUGCUUUCAGUUGGGGCGCCAAUUGUGACCCACAGAAACCAUACAAACAUCAGAUGUACUCUAAUAUUAGGUACCUUAGAGACUGGAUCGAUGACACAAUAGCUGACAAUCAGUACGCAUGAUGCCAUAUGUUAAACAGGAUUGUUAUUAAUGAUUUAUCUCAAUAGUGUGCAACCUUAAAGGGAAUUCAGGUUUCUUUUUAUUAAAUGUAAUAAACUGGACACAACACACAUGUGGGUCUGUUGUGCGUGUAUUAGAACAUCUCAACUUUUGCUAGCCUGCGUAGCUAGCGUUUCUGUACGGUCUAGGCGAAAAGAAUGAGGAACGAGAGUCAAAGACCGCGAGAAAAGUGGCGCAAGUAAAAGAGCGGGGAGGCGGUGGGGAAGAAAGGAAGGAAACGCUUGCAGUCAAACCCCGGGAUUUUGAAAACCACCCACUUGGUCUGUCACGCCUGAGUUCGCGAACCGACAUUUGAUGCUGUCAUCAACUGUCAUAAUUGACCAAUAAAAUGUUUGGCCUUCCGUGGAGCGGAAAUGAACUUU